AUGGAACAUUUGGGUGCAAACCAAACAGGCCCUAAAAAACUUUUGCAGAAUACAGCUUAUGCUCAAACCAAUACAUAUCAUGUUGCCAAUAUCUACCAAGAAACAAUUCAGGAGCUAGCGGAGCCUACUAUAAAGGAUGCUUUUGGAAAAUGUGUGCAACAAGGAGCAUCCCGAGUUGUUGUUAGUCCAUAUUUCCUUUCCCCUGGACGACACUGGAAGCAAGACAUUCCUGCUUUAGCAGCAGAGGCAUCAAAGGAGCACUCAAAUAUACCCUAUAUUGUCACUGCCCCUCUUGGGCUGCAUGAGCUUAUGGUGGAUAUCAUGAACGAUCGCAUCAAGUACUGCCUGCGACAUGUUGCUGGUGAUGUCGAUGAGUGUACAGUGUGUGCUGGAACUGGAAAGUGCCGCCUGUACUCCUGA